AUGCAUGGAAUUCCAGAAGAAGCUAAAUGUUAUUCAGAAAAUGCAUCAAACGGCUGUCAUUCAAAUGUUGGGAUUGGAUCUAGUUCUGCAAAUGCUGUUAAAACUUACUAUAUGGAUAUUGGUACACCUAAUUUAGGUCAUAGACAGUCAAUUCUUAACAAAAUGGCAACCCAGGUUACAUUCUGUGGAGUUGGGAAUCGCAAUGCAAUGCGCAUGAUGGACCCAAAAAAGAGAAUGUAUUAUACAGGGCCAAAAGAUAAAAGAAAUUUUGAAACAAUCACUCCAUCAGGCCCAAUUGAUGUUGAAAUGCUACCAGGGAUUUGGACAUUUAAUCAAGCAGUAAGCAAUAAUACAAAAUUCACUUUUAAAGUAAAUGGAACCAUUGUUCCACUUCUUUAUGGUCCUGUUUUUACUGGAUACAUAGAAUUCAUUCCAUACACUACCUGGACUUAUAACACAAAGUGGGAAGUCACAGCUGAAUUGGGAGAAUAUAGAUAUGAAUAUGCUUAUUAUACAACCAAUUGUAGUGAAGAUAUUCCGGACUAUAUUUUUGAUAGAAUGAUGGGAAGAAAAUCAGAAGGAAUGACAUGGUAUUUAAUUUUGUCUUAUUGCAUCCUUGCAAUUACAAUUGUUGUUGUUAUUUUGUAUUUUGUUGUUGCAUGUUAUACAUCUCAAAUGAUAUGCAUUGCAGCUUCAAUUCAGCCAAGCACCCAUGAAAUAAUGAAGAUGACAAUAACAGAAAAAGAAGGAGAAGUUCCUCCUGAACCUAAGAAAAUAAGUUAUUUGUAA